CCGGAGUUCUCGCGAUGGGAGAAGGAGGAGGAGGUAUACAUAGAAUCUCAGAAGUACUUCAGGAAGAAAGACUAACAGAACAUGAUUUGCCUACAAAUGUGGAUGCUACCAAUUUGAAAAAAAGAAGUUGGGGAUUAUUAGUCCCUGGGAUAGUAGGUGGGACAUUAGUAGCUGUGUAUGCAGUUGCUACUCCUUUUUUAACUCCAGCCCUCCGGAAGAUUUGUUUGCCUUUUGUACCUGCGACUUCAAAUCAGAUUGAAAAUGUUCUGAAGAUGUUACGAUGUAGAAAUGGAUCACUUGUAGACAUUGGUAGCGGUGAUGGACGUGUUGUCAUCGCUGCUGCAAAAGAAGGAUUCAGAGCUGUUGGUUAUGAGCUAAAUCCAUGGCUAGUUUGGUAUUCCAGGUAUCGUGCUUGGAGAGAAGGUGUCCAUGAUGCUGCAAAAUUUUAUAUUUCAGAUUUGUGGAAGAUGCCACAGUUGGAGAAGAAACUUCAGCUAGAACUGGAAGAUGAUGCCAGAGUCAUUGCUUGCCGAUUUCCUUUUCCACACUGGGUCCCAGAUCACAUUACUGGAGAGGGGAUAGAUACUGUGUGGGCAUAUGAUUCUAAGACUUUUAAAGGAAGUGAAAAGAGCUUCCCCAAACCUGUUUCAAAUGUGCAUUUGUAUUAAUCAUCCAAGUGAAAGCUUUGUUGAAAGGAUAAUUCUUGAUUAUUUCUAGUAUAAAGUACAUUUACCUCUGGUGUUUUUGUAGUUUACUUACAAAACUGCAUCUUAAUAAAUUUCACAUUUUUUUAAAUUAGGAAAAUGCCUGGUGGAAUAGAUUUAAAAAAUUGUCUUAUUUUGAGGGAGCAAAGGGGAAGGAAAUUAAGUAAAACAAGUAGAUUAUGAAUAUGUAAUAAAAGAUUACCUAAAAUGGGUUUACUAUAAUGUCAUGCACUUGAACUCUCAAUAAAUAUGAAUUGGUGAUGGUGAUUUUCAUAGAUAGAAAAAGACCAUAGUUAAGAACAAAUGGUCCUUUUUUGUUUUUUGUUAAUAUAAAUAUAAUUUCCUGUACCUUAAUAAGACUGAUAAUCAAUUUAUCCAUACUAUAAAUAUAACUGUCUUUUUUUUUUCCUAUUCGAGAGAUACCUUUCCACUAUUCUGGUUCUCUACCUGUGGUCACCCACAGUAUUGCAAUAAAACUUGGGAAACUGAGUCACUGAUUCUGGGACAACUCAUGAUCAAUUUGACCCCAAAUUCAGCCCACAUCACUAAGGACAUGAUUUUAGGCUACCCUUAGGUUUUAUAUAAAAGUCAGUUUGGGGAAAAAAGUAUAGUAUGGUUUUUGGUGUUUAUAGUACUGAAAUAAAAAUGGGAAGUUGUAGAGAAUGACUAGAAAUUUCUUGUUAUCAGCCUUACUUUGAGCUAUCCUUGUAAUAUGUGCCUUUUUUCUUUUUUCUUUCUUUUUGGUAAAUUUUAAAAUUUAUUUUAAACUUACAUAUAAAAUGAGAAAAUUUAAAAAACCCCACCCUUUGCCAUGUGUACAGCAGAACACGAGAGGAUUCAAUAUAAAACAAUUUCCAUUUCAAGAAAGCCUAUAUAAUAAAUAUUUCUCAUUGUUUUCAAA